CUCUGGUUUAUAAAAAUGAAGAAUAAAAACUUUUUAACAAAUAAUAAAAACCGACUUCAUCAAAGAAAACCACUAUUAAUGUAAGAAAUAUUGUAUAUUCCUGUGGUAUAUUCUUUACUUAUAACUACAUUUAAAGUCAAAUAAUCAUUUGGAGUCGGUGGCAUUUAUAUCUAUUUAAACUGAUAGAUCUGAGGUGUCAUUUACGUCGAUGCCUCUUACGAUAUUGUAAAUGGAAAAAAAUAAAAAUAUGGGACAUACUAAAAAAUAUACAGGGCCCAAUUUACGGCAGAGUAGGCUGGGCUCUAAAUCAGGCAUUUAAACAAUGGUGAUUCUAUAAAAAAGUUCUAAAGUCCGCCAUUGUACAGUAUGUGCAUGAAGAAUUAAAUAAAUAAAUAAAGUAAACAUUUUUCUAAUGGUGAAUCGAAAGUAAAUCAGUCGAACUACAGAAAGAACUAUUAGGUAGUUCUGUAAACAUAAUGUAAAUAAAGAUCAUAUUUUAGUAGUAGCUGUUUAUUAUCUAGUCAUGACUUUCUUGAUUCACUUAGUAUCAACUGUAGGAAAACAACUGGUAGGUACUUUACCCUCUGAGACCGCCUUGUCAUGAUAUCUGUUAAACAGAUUCGUUCGUCAUACGUUACAUAGCCAGUACAAUGGAUUCAAAGAAAGCCCUCUACAAGAAAACCGAUGUACAGUAAAACAGACAAAGUCUCGUGUUUGGAUGAUCAAUACACAGAAGAUAUGCACAAACAAAUAGACACUAUUUUCCCCCCAGCUGUAGCCUGUAGUACAUGCCAAGAUACCGGUGGGGGCAGUCUCGUCGACUGUCAAAUGUUUAAUUCUUAUUUUGAAAACAAAUGUGACGUAAACAGUUAAGGAAAAACAGCUGAUCUGUUAAAUAACAGAAUGAAGCGUGCUCUAACAGUGUUGUUUGUUCUUUGUUUGAUAUGUACCUCACAACAGAUAUCGACACCAGAUUCGGAUAGCUAUGUGGCAGCGGUGCUGGAAUACCAUUUCAGUAGGAACACCUCGACCAAUCUACAGAACUACCUGUUUUACAUACAACAAGCCGCUGAACAGUAUGCUGAUAUACUGGUGUUCCCUGAAAUGACACUAACACGUGGCGGUAACGUGCGAGUACCAAUACACGGCUUAUUGAAGGAUUAUCGGAUACCAGCUCUUCAUCCACAUCUAUUUGACGAGAUUUUAGUGGCGCUUUCUUCUGCUGCCAGAAAUCACGGCAUAUACCUGGUGGUGAACGUUCAAGAGGAAAUGGAUUGUAGAAUAUCUCCCGAAGAAUACUGCCCCGAACAGAAGACUUAUAUCUUCAACACGAAUGUGGUCUUCGAUAGAUCAGGGGCCGUCAUAGACAGGUAUCGCAAGAUUAACCUUUUCAACGAGUACACCCGCUCACCGGCGCUGCUUCCUGAACUUGGCGUGUUCAGCACAGACUUCGGGGUCAGGUUCGGACACUUCGUGUGCUUCGACCUGAUGUUCCAGGUGCCUGCCACGCAGGUUGUACAGAAGUAUAACCUCACUGAUAUCAUCUUUAGCACUAUGUGGUUCUCCGAGAUGCCUUUCUUGACUGCCGUCGAGAUUCAGGAAUCGUACGCGUACACCACGGGAGUCAACUUUCUCGCAGCUGGAGCUAAUAAUGUCAAGGUGGGAAGCGCUGGAUCAGGAAUAUACUCUGGAAAAGCGGGCGCCCUCAUCAGCAUUAUGCCGGGAGAGCCUAAAACGCAACUGCUUGUAUCAAGGGUGCCCAAACGCCCAGGUUAUGCAACGUUCGAUCAUCCAGGGCCUCUGUACGACGACCCCACAGCUCCACAGUUGCUCCUCAACAAGGACGUGACUCUGAAGAGUGCCGCAUCCAGGCCUCUGCGGGCUGGCUUCCAGGAGUUCACGCUCACCGACAGAGACGUGAGCUGCGUCUUCAGGGUCAGGUUAAGAAAUAAAACCACCGAUACUAAGAGAACGAUCCCGCAUUUCCGCGCAUUCGUCAAGGACGGCACCAAUACAUAUGCGCAUCGUCAAAUGGGAAUCUUGUUCUGUGCGGUGGUGGCGUGCGAAAACGAGGAUGCUGACAGCUGCCCUUACAGGUUCAGCAAAGACGAAAAGUUCACAGAAUUCGAGGAGCUAGAAAUAAAAAUGACUACGUACCCGAAACAGUACAACAAUACGUUAAGCUGCGAUAAUAUAGUGUACUAUCCUACCUCGUUGAGGUACAACAAGUUCCCGUUGGACACACAAGAUUUCACUUAUAUAGAAUCUACUCAAGAGAUAGACCUUAACAAUGAAAUCGUUAGUAAUGAAGUUACUAAGCGCCGAGCCGAGAUCUUCUAUCGUCUUAUCAGUCCUCAAGAUGAACUAGUUGCCUUUUCAAUUUGGGGAAGAGCUUAUUUAAGAGACGUCAAUGAAAUUAUAGAUUCGUCGGAGGAGGACGUAAAUAACAGCAUAGCAGUGGAGAAUCUGAUCUUCAGUUUUGCAGAUGAGUGAUGAUGAUUUUCGUAAUUACAAUCUGUCAUCCUGCACCAGUAAUUUAGUGAUACUAACUAUAUUCUAGAUGCCAUAAUACUGAUAUACCUAC